AUGGCCUCCUACGCCGCCAUAAAUUCAGUCCCUAGCGAGCAUGGCGGUGAUUCGAGACCCGCGUCGACAUCCUCACAAUCACGCCGAAGACACACCAAACAAACGGGACCAGCAGGGAAUGCAUCAUGGGCGUCCUCCGUGAUCAAUCUGGUCAACACAAUCGUGGGCGCUGGCGUCCUCGCCAUGCCUCACGCCAUGUCAAACAUGGGCAUAACACUUGGUGUGAUAGUAAUAUUAUGGGCCGGCUUGACGAGUGGUUUUGGGUUAUAUCUCCAGACAAGAUGCGCGAGAUAUCUGGACCGAGGAGGCUCCUCAUUCUUUGCGCUGAGCCAGAUCACAUAUCCGAAUGCUGCUGUGAUCUUUGAUGCGGCCAUUACUGUCAAGUGCUUUGGAGUCGGCGUGUCCUACCUCAUCAUCAUUGGAGACCUGAUGCCUGGAGUUGUGAGGGGAUUCUCUUCGAGCAUUGAUGACAGCGGUGCUCAAUACUUGGUUGAUCGGCAUUUCUGGGUCACUGCUUUCAUGCUCAUUGUGAUACCACUUUCGUUCCUCCGAAAACUGGACAGCUUGAAAUACACUUCGGUCGUUGCCCUUGUGUCCAUCGCUUACCUGGUCGUACUUGUUGUAUACCACUUUGCUUCAGGCGACACGAUUCCAGACCGAGGCCCAGUGCAUUGGGUGAAAUGGCAGGGGGCCGUGGCAACGCUUUCAAGCUUUCCUGUGAUUGUGUUUGCGUAUACAUGCCAUCAGAAUAUGUUCUCUAUCCUGAACGAAAUCAAGGACGCCAGCCCAGCUCGUACCACCGCGGUCGUCACGGCCUCUAUUGGCUCCGCAGCUAGCAUCUACAUUCUCGUGGCCAUCACCGGGUAUCUUUCCUUCGGAGACAAGGUCGUUGGAAACAUCGUCGCCCAGUACCUGCCCAGCGUUGCGUCAACCAUUGGACGCGCCGCCAUUGUCGUACUUGUCAUGUUCAGCUACCCUCUUCAGGUCCACCCUUGCCGUGCAUCGCUGGACGCCGUAACAAAGUGGAGACCAGCGACCAAGAAGAAUACGGAAUUCACACCGGCGGCCUCUUCUCGAGGAUCUCCAUCCAGAAACUCUUUGUUGAGUGGCGGUGCUGCGGCGAAAGUUCCAAUGCAGAGAUCGAGGCCCGAUGAGAUGAGUGAACUACGCUUCGCCAUUCUCACCACGUUGAUUAUCAUUCUUUCCUACAUCGUUGCCAUGACGGUGAGCAGUCUGGAUAAGGUUCUUGCGUACGUUGGCUCGACUGGAAGCACGGCGAUCUCGUUCAUUCUACCCGGACUGUUUUAUUACAAGAUCAGUGCACCCGACUCGCCUCAUCAUCAACGCCUGCUCAAGGACGAGGACGAUGAGGACUAUGGCGGCUCACCCGACGCCGCAGAGCAAGGAGGAUCACGAGUCUCCAAACAAUGGAAGAGCGACCUGCUAAGAAAGCUGAGCCUGGCCAUUGCGAUUUACGGGUUCGUCGUCAUGGUGGUGUGUUUGGUUACGAAUUCAGUGUUUCUUGCAUCAGGGUCGCAUUAG